AUGGAUAACAAACUAGCAAUCUCCAGCAUCUCCAUAAGCCAGUACCCCGGCCAUCUGCUAGAUCAGAAGAUCACCGCCGCCGCCAAUGGUGGCUAUUCUGGCAUCGAAAUCGUGUACAAUGACCUCGAAACCUACGGCAAAGCCCAUAACAUCCCAGUUCAUACGGCAGCCCUAAGGAUACUACAUCUUUGCCAAUCCCUAGAUUUCCAAGUGUUGGCCUUGGCCCCAUUUGAAAAUUACGAGGGUGCCUCAACCCCUUUAGACCAGCGACUCGCUCUCGCAAAGCAUUGGAUGGAAAUCGCUCGCCUACUGAAAGCGCCCUACCUCCAAGUCCCCUCAAUCUUCGCGAAUGACUGCAGCCGUGAUGAAAAAGUCAUUGUAUCGGAUCUGCAACGGCUAGCCGACCUAGGUGCCCAAGAACCCACAGUCGCAAUCGCCUACGAGGCUCUUUCCUGGGGCAUUAAUUGUUCGACCUGGGAGUCUGCGCUGGAUCUCGUCAAUCGCGUUGAUAGGCCCAAUUUCGGUCUUUGCAUGGAUACCUUCCACGAAGGCACGAGGGUGUGGGGUGAUAAUGCCUCUCCGAGUGGAAAGCAGAUGGAUGCGGACUUGAGGUUAAGGGAUUCGCUCGCUCGGUUUGUGCACGAUUGUCCGGUCGAGAAGAUAUUCUACGUGCAGCUUUCGGAUGCGGAGAAGUUUAAUCCCCCUUAUUCGGAGGUGCAUCCUUGGGCCCGGCCUGGGGAGGCUAAGGAGUUUACGUGGUCGAAACAUGCUAGGCCGUUCCCUUUGGAGAAAGAGAUUGGUGGGUAUUUGCCUGUUGCGCAGAUUGCCAGGGCGUGGAUUGUGGAUAUGGGGUUCACGGGUUGGGUUUCUAUGGAGGUUUUUGAUCGUGCUAUGAGGGAUGGGAGUGUUAGCCCUGAGAUUGCUGCGAGGAGGGGAGUUGAGUCUUGGGGGAAAGUGAAAGCUGAGAUGGGAGAUCGGUCGAGACUUUGA